AGUAUUUCAUAUGUGUUUUCGUAUUCGAGUUGUCGAUAAGUCAUUGAACAUAGAUGAUUAUAUCCAAACAUACAAAUCGUCUUAUUGGAUUGAUAAUAAUCAUUCGAUUUUAUGUUUUAAUCAACCGGUACGUAAUCAAUAUUAUUGUGUAUUUUCGUUACCCUAUAUGUUCGAUAGAUUUACUCAUGUUUCAAAUGAAUUAGUUGAUUAUCGAUCAAAUGUUAAUAUUUUAUUACACAGUAAACAAAACAGAACGAAAGUAAUCACUUUAAAUGAUACAGUUCCGUAUACAUUAGAAUUAUUCCAGAUUUUUCAAAAGUCAUUUCCAAGAGCACAAGAACUAAUGUUUAUUAUAGCUCCUAUUCGUUGUUUAAGUGAUAAUUUAUUGAAUAAUGAAUUGAUUAUGGAGAAUAUCGUCUCGGUGAUAUUUUUGGUCGAGGAAUUAAAAUAUAAACAUUUCAGACGACUAUUGUUAAUGACACCGAAUAUUCUAAAAUUAUAUAUACUGCAGAGUUUGGUGUUAGAUGUAUUGAGAAAAUCACAAGACUCUUCGUUUGAACAAUUACAAUCAAUAUGUAAUCGUAUCAGACUUGUCUGUAUUGACAGACGUUCAUUCGAACGUGAUGCUUUAAAUGAUAAACGGAUAAAACGGUUAUUUCCAAAUGCUGAACGUUCAGGAUGGAGAUAA